GUCCAUUCAUUCUAAGUUUUUGUUUUGUUUUUUUUUUUUUUGUUUCCAUUUUUUUCUCUGUUUUAGAAUUGGUUAAUAUAAUUUGAUCUUACAAUGAUAAUUGAUAAAACGAUUUUGAUUAACAUCGUGGUCACCAUCAUCGCCGUCAUUGUUCACGGUUAUGAUGCCGAUAUUGAUGAGAAAUUUCCAAUAAUUAAUGAUCGUGUUGUCAUUGGUGUACUGGCACAAUAUCCAUAUAAAGAUGAACAUCAAUAUAUUGCUGCUAGUUAUGUAAAAUUUCUGGAAAGUUCCGGUGCACGUGUGGCACCAAUAUUCUGUGGCCGUACAUCUGAUUAUUAUGAAACAUUAUUACCAAAAUUGAAUGGUGUAUUAUUACCUGGUGGUGGUAGCCCAUUAGAUGAAGGACCUUAUGCCGAAACUGUGGAUAUAAUAAUUGAAUCAAGUAAAAAAUUCUAUGACAAUGGAAAAUAUUUUCCAAUUUGGGGCACUUGUUUAUCGUUUGAGAAAAUUAUUGUCCAUUUUCUAAAUGGAAGUUUAAAAUGGGAAUCACAAUGUCAUGUACAGAAUUUAUCAUUAAAUUUAGAACUAGAAGAUUCGGUUAUUAAUGAUCCAAAAUCGACACGUAUGUUUCGUGAUAUGGAUUCAAUGAUGCCCGAAUCUUUCCAUAUUUUACAACAAAAGAAUGUUACUGCCAAUUAUCAUCGUAUCUGUAUGGCAUUAAAUGAAUGGGAAAAACAUGAAGAAUUGACGAAAAAUUUUCAACUUAUCAGCCAUAAUAAAUAUAAGAAUUAUACAUUUGUUUCAAUGUAUGAACAUCGAAAAUAUCCUAUAUAUGGAUCAAUGUGGCAUCCAGAAAAGAAUCAAUUUGAAUUUGUCAUCAAUGAACAUGUUGGAAAUAUUAAUCAUGAUCGUUGGGCUAUUAUUGUUGCCCAAUAUUUUGGUAAUUUUUUCGUUAAUGAAGCACGUCGUAGUUGUGGACGUUUUAAGGAUAAAUUGGAUGAAAGUCAACAUUUAAUUUAUAAUUAUAAUGAUUAUGUUGAAUAUACUGGUCAGAAUGGAAAAUCAUCAUAUGAAGAAAUAUAUAAAUUUCCUGUUGAUGUAAAUCAUGGAUCAUCAUCAUCAAUACCAUCAUCGAAAGGUUCGAUUUUCAUUCGAAUCAUAUUACUUAUUACAAUUGUUCUAUCUAAUUAUCAUUAGGUAAUCGUCAUGAUGAUUAUUUUCGUUAUCAAUUGAUGAAAUGAAAAAUUUUUUUAUGUAAUGUAACAUCACAUAAUUCAAUUGAUUGAUUUUUAUUGAACUUUUUUCAUUUUUUUUUCAAUAUUAAUAAACACAAGUGAACAUGUGAUAUUGAUUCAUAUUACAGAGAGAAAAGAAAA